UGAAAAUUUCCUGAGGUGAGUGGCUCUGCGCCGCAGGCGAUGUAUGGGAUUUGAAUAGGGGUUUUUGUUAGAUUCUCUCUCGACAACAGUUCCAGGUUACACACCUCUGGUCCACAAGAUGACGAAGUUUGUCGAGUCCCUGUCAAGGCCGGAGUCAGGUUGUUUAGGACAUCGUGUACACGGACACCAGUGUUACCUAUUUGAUCCGGGGAGUCUACAUGUAUUUCAAACACUUUUGUACAUCAAAGAGCUCUUCAUUACUCCGUAGACCUGUCCACAACCGCAUCAUCAACUGAUACCCGGAUGUCUUGAAGCGCACUGUCAGAGGCCCCCCGUCAGCGCUAGCGUCGGUCUUCAGGGCUGAUGAUCCAUGUGGGGCAUGGAUGGCAUGGCUGGGACCCUACGGGGCCGUUCCCGAAGACCGAACGCGCCAGGUCCGCCCAUCUUCAUCAUUCAGGAACCAGUUAAUGGGCGGGUGAAAAAUAACGAUUCAGACGUUGAAACAAGUCGUCGGGAGUGACCUGAGGGAUACCUGACAUGGGACAUGCCCGGCCUACACACUACUGACUGAGGUGUCGCAUGGAAGAUCGCCCAGCAGAACAGGUUUGGCUGCUGGAGGGUGCCUGGUUGGAAGUGGGUGGUGCAAGGUUUCUGGCAGGUACCACCCUCCUGUCGUGCAUCAUUAGCGCCCGACCCUCUGGAGCAACACCCCAUGAGGCCCCAAUCAAUCCUCAGCAUUUGCGGUGCACGCAGAGCUGAAGGCCAGAAUCUCGUAUUUCCUCCGCUCAUUUCCCACGCACGCUCUCUUUAUCAGAGUGUUUCGCUGGUUCUCUGGCUUUUCUGUCUUCGUGAUCCUUUUGCUUUCUCCCCUCCAACGUCCCUCUCCCAGUCCGAUGUGCUGCUGAGCUGGAGAUGCUGCAGCCUGUCGCCGUCUGUGUCCCGCCGCCGUCCCAUCUCGAUGAUUUCACAACAUAAAUACACCGGUUCGCCCGCCAGAAUGCCGUCUCGGAGGUCGUCUGUCGCGAUCGCCUUCAUCGCUCUUAGUUUCCUGCUGCUGCUCUACACAUCGAGGAGGCUGGGCAGCUGGACGCCCUACAACGAGCCUUAUCACCACGAGACCGAUCCCCACAAGAGCCAACAUGCGCCCCAGGGAGAUGGCGCCCACGAUACCAAGCCCGUACCGUCGACACAGGCCCCCGCCGUCGACCCCCUGUGCGAAGGGUUCCCCGACACCAGCAACAUCCUGCUCGUCAUGAAGACGGGAGCGUCCGAGUCGUUUGCGCGUGUGCCCACCCAGAUGAUGACCAUGCUCAAGUGCCUCCCCGACUUCCUCAUCUUUAGCGACAUGGACCAAAACAUUGGCGGACAAGAGAUCCACGACAGUCUGGCCACGGUCCAGGAGGCUGCGCAGGAAGACAACUCGGACUUUGACCUGUAUCGCCGACAAAAGUGGUGCGAGGUCGACCAGGAGAACUGCAACAAGCUCGGCAACCCGGCCCGGGAAGGGUGGAACCUUGACAAGUACAAGAACGUCCACAUUGCUGAGAAGGCGUAUAACAUGCGGCCCAACUACGACUGGUAUCUGUUUGUCGACGCCGACACCUACGUGCUGUGGCCCAACCUGGUCGAGUGGCUGAAGCAGCUGAAGCCGACCAAGAAGGUCUACCUGGGCAGCGUCACGCUGAUCAAUAACUUCAGCUUCGGACACGGAGGCUCGGGUUACAUCGUCAGCAAGGCGACCAUGGACGACUUCAUCGGCAACAACCCGGGUGUCGGCAACCAGUACGAUAUGAGAGCAAAGCGCGAGUGCUGCGGCGAUUACAUCUUUGCCCUUGCGCUUAAGGACAAGACGGAAGUCGGGGUCCAGCAGAUGUGGCCCACCAUCAACGGCGAAAAGCCCGCCACUCUUCCCUUCGGCCCAUCGCAUUGGUGCCACCCCAUUGUCACCAUGCACCACAUGAACGCCGAGGAGAUCAACACCUUCUGGCACUUUGAACGGAAGCGAUACCACCGCCUCGCGCAGUCUGGCAAAAAGACCGAAACGCUUGUGAUCCGCGACAUCUUUGACGAAUUCUUGGCUCCCAAACUGAACGAGACACGCGAGGAUUGGGACAACAACGCCGACAAUCGCUUCUACCUCGACCAAUCCAACGACCGCAAGUGGGAAGACUGGAUGACGAACCGCAUGAAGAAGCAGGACCAGUACAACGAGCACGAGAAGAAGGCACACGAGUCGUUCGAGGCCUGUGGUGCCGCCUGCAAGAGCUUGGGCAACGAGUGCUUCAUGUACAGAUACAAGGAUGGUGCCUGCAGUAUUUCCAACUCUUUCCAGCUUGGCAAACCCCUGAAGAAGGGGGCAGACAAGGACCGGACCAUGAGCGGCUGGGACGUCGAAAAGAUCAAGAAGUGGGUGGCCGAUCAACCGGCAUGCGACAAGAUCCGUUGGCCCGAGGUCAAGACCAACUAGAAGGAGGAGUUGUCAUCAUGGUCGCCAAUGGGAGUUUCAUUCCGAUUCAAGGCAAAAAACACACAUUCAUGAGCCAUCAGCUCUGGGAAUUUUAGGGAUAAGGACUGCUUUGGCGUUUGGGUUGGCUUUGACGGGCGCUGUGGCAUACUGGGUAGGUAUAAUGAAGGAAGGGAAAGACAGGACAAAGGAAGAGGAGCUCUCUGGUACAGGACUCCAUCAGCAUCAUUGAACAAAACACGACAAAAGCGGCGGGAAUAGAUUUUUUUGGG